ACAAAUGACAUCCUAACACAAGUGUUAGGUACUGCUGAGCACCCCGGUCGAGUUCGAGGCCAGAGUCGAGGUGUCACACAAAGAGACUACUUUCAUAAGCCUGUUGGGGGGGGGGGGGGGUCUAAGAGGGUUGCAGAAAAAACAAAUUGAGUUCGAACGACAAUCCAACAUACGACAUAGGGAAGAGAUUGAAAGGUUGAAAGAAUCGUUCAUGUCUAAGCUUGAAGAAUUAUCAACCAAGAUGGCACAUAUCCAAGCUAACCAUUCUAGCUUUGGCAGCCAUUCUAGAGUCAAUACAAUAGAAGUUGAGGCACCAAUUGACACUGCUCCAGAAGUUGAGGCACCGAUGGACACUACUCCAGAUGUUGAGGCACCAAUUGACACUACUCCAGAAGUUGAGGUACUGAUGGACACUACUCCAGGAGUUGAGGCACCUAUUGACACUAGUACUUUGUAUGAGACACCUACACCUACACCUUCACCUUCUAUUUAUCCUGAGCCACUAAAGAAAGAUGUUAAGUGCAAAUUAUACAUUGGGCAAGGUGGUGAUGUUGUGGCUCUUGGACGGGUGGUGGCUACGAAAGGCAAUGUACAUGGGAAAAAUUUAGCACCUGGUAACUAUCGCAUGGUUGUUGAUAGAUGUCUAGAUGGGAGUGCAAAACUACCUGUCUCAGUUGGGGAUGAGAUGAAUCUUGUGGUUCAUGCGGUCAAUAGUUAUGUUGCUUGGCCAUCGCAUCUAAUCAUUACUUAUGAUCAUGAACAGGUAACUUUUAGUGUGCUGUAAAAAUUUUCAUCUUGAAAGAUCCAUAAAUGUUUAAUUUCA